AUGAAGACCCCAAAGGUUGAGAUUCUAGAGUACUCUGAUUGCAAGAAGGCCGCUCGUACGCUGUACGAGUCCUUCGAUAAUGACGAUGUCGCAAAAUUUGUUUCGCGUCACUUGGAAGAUAAUCCUGAACUAAAGAAACAGUGUGACUUGCUCAUGUACGAGGCUUACAUCCACUCCCACAUUCUCAAAGGACUCGUUGUCGGCAUUAAAGGUGACGAUCACGAAGAAUCUGACAGCUUCGAGACGGUUGCCGUUUUCACCCACCCAAAUUCGGGAGAGUUGGACGACUACCUGACGCUUGUCAGAUCCGGAUUUGCUAGAUUGGCAUGGAUGACAGGCGCUGAGGGCCGUCAGAGAAUCUUUGGCACGAUGUUCAAAGUGUUGCACGAGAACUUUGAAAACAUCAUGUCCGUUGAUCCUGACGGAGAAAACACAUGGACUCUUGUGUAUCUUGGAUCUACCCCAAAGGCCCGUGGUAAGGGUAAUGUUCGCGCGCUCAUGGAUUAUAUGUUCACCAAUCAUAUCGACCCAGCCAAUAGCAUAACGUAUUUGGAAAGCAGUGCCAUCAAGAAUCUGCCAAUCUAUUCCCGUUUCGACUUUGUGCCAGUGGCUGAUAUUUGGCUUGGUGAUAAGAAUGACAAGAAUGACAGUGCCAGAAUGGACGUCAUGGUUAGAGGCCCUCAGGGCAAGCCAUGGAAGUUCAUUGAUGAGACUCGCGAAAGAACAGGUUACGUUGUGCCUUCCGUUUAG